CAGAGUCCGAUACAGAAACUAUCUGCGAUGUAUGAUCUCCAGUGAUUCGCGCAAAGAUGGUAUAAUGUUUUAUGAGGAAAUUCCCAUUCCGGCACGCCAAGCCCGAAAACGGAGGUGACCGCCGCCCUAGACCAUCCAACAUUUUGAGGGCUCGCGUCCAAACAUCACCUUCAUCGGCACCCUCCUUCGCGUAUAUAAACCAUCACCCACCACUUUCUCUUCUUCACUUUCUUUUCCCCUCAGUCAUAGAAAUGGCCCCCGUUCAGGUCAAGAAGAUUUGUUGCAUUGGUGCUGGCUACGUGGGUGGACCAACAUGUGCGGUUAUCGCCUUGAAGUGCCCCCAUAUUCAAGUCACCAUCGUUGACCUGAACAAGGCUCGUGUUGACGCCUGGAAUAGCCCAGAUUUCGCUGUGCCUAUCUACGAGCCCGGUCUCGUCGACGUCGUCAAGCAAUGUCGAGGCCGCAACUUGUUCUUCUCGACCGAUGUUGACAAGGCCAUCCUCGAGGCCGACCUCAUUUUCGUUAGUGUCAACACGCCGACGAAGAAGUCCGGCGUGGGCGCUGGUUUCGCUGCAGAUUUGAAUUAUGUCGAAUCAGCGACGCGCCGCAUUGCCGCAGUUGCCACUUCGUCCAAGAUUGUUGUCGAGAAAUCUACGGUUCCCUGCCGAACAGCGGAGUCUAUGCGCACCAUCCUCGAGGCCAACUCCAGGCCCGGCACCCGUUUCGACAUUCUGUCUAACCCAGAAUUCCUCGCCGAGGGCACGGCCAUCGCCGACUUGUUCAAGCCUGACCGUGUGCUAAUCGGAUCCCUCCAGACCACGGAGGGCAAGGAAGCUUGCCGCGCCCUCGCUGAUGUCUAUGCUAACUGGGUUCCACAAGAGCGCAUCUUGACCGUCGGGUUGUGGUCGUCUGAGUUGUCUAAGCUCGCGGCUAACGCCAUGCUCGCCCAGCGUAUCUCUUCCAUCAAUGCGCUCUCUGCUAUUUGCGAGGCCACUGGUGCGAACAUCGAUGAGGUCUCUCAUGCUGUUGGCUUUGACUCUCGUAUUGGACCCAAGUUCCUGCGAGCGUCUGUUGGCUUCGGCGGCUCCUGUUUCCAGAAGGACAUUCUCAACCUUGUCUACUUGAGCGAGAGCUUGCACCUUCCUCAAGUAGCCGCGUAUUGGAGACAGGUCGUUGAGAUGAAUGAGUACCAGAAGAGUCGAUUCUCCAAGACGGUCGUUGACACGCUCUUCAACACGAUCACCGGCAAGCACAUCGCUGUGUUGGGUUUCGCAUUCAAGGCCGAUACUGGCGACACUCGUGAAUCUGCCGCUAUUUCUCUGAUCCGUGACUUCCUGUCCGAGCGUGCCUUUGUUACCAUCUAUGACCCUCAAGUCUCUGAGGAGCAAAUUUGGCAAGACCUCUCCGAGGCCUGCCCAACUACACCGCUCGAGACGAUCAAGAAGCAGGUUACCAUCGUCCACUCCGCCUUGGAGGCUUGUACCCAGAAGGAAGCCAUUAUAAUUGCAACUGAAUGGAAGGAGUUUUUGGAGAUUGACUGGCAAACUGUCUAUGCGAACAUGAGCAAGCCUGCUUUCGUCUUUGAUGGUCGUCUUCUCAUCGACGCUGACAAGUUGAGGAAGAUCGGUUUCAAGGUGAAGGUCAUUGGGCGUGGCGAGCGCGUGUGAAGACAGUUUUAAGACACUCCCUUUCCUCGGACAUAGAUUUGAACUUUAACAUCGGACACUAGUACUAUCUUUCGCGUUUCGCCUCCUUAAUUAGAAAGCCCAAGUUUGUAGAGUAGAUACCCAUGGAGGAAAUGAUGCAAUGCCCUGGAAAGGCACCAAUACUGUUUGUUAAUCGACUGAAGGAACAGGGGUUUGUUAUCAUCCACUCUUGAGCGAUAUCGGCAUCUGUCGAGUGGGCUUAG